GGCGGAACUGGGAUUGCGGAAGUUUGGCGAAGGAGGGUCGGGCGGCCCGGGGUGUGGGUGUUGACUGGCGGUUCCGGAAGCGGCCGGGACUCCGGGCGCGUCUCGACCACGCCGCUGUGGGCUGGCUUCGCCCCUCGUCCGUCCGUGGGGAGCCCUCCUCGCAUCUCCGCCAUGGCGUCCCCCGGGUCAAACCUCCAGAAAGCAAUUGAGCUGGCGAGCAGAGCGGCGCAGGAAGACAAGGCGGGGAACUACGAGGAAGCCCUUCAGCUCUACCAGCACGCGGUGCAGUACUUCCUGCACGUGGUUAAGUAUGAGGCGCAAGGUGACAAAGCCAAGCAGAGCAUCAGGGCCAAGUGUACAGAGUAUCUCGACAGAGCAGAAAAACUAAAAGAAUACCUGAAGAAAAAAGAGAAAAGACCUCAGAAGCCCGUGAAAGAGGGGCAGCCAAGCCCACCUGAUGAGAAAGGGAAUGACAGUGAUGGGGAAGGAGAAUCUGAUGAUCCUGAAAAAAAGAAACUGCAGAAUCAACUUCAAGGUGCCAUUGUCAUAGAGCGACCGAAUGUGAAGUGGAGCGAUGUCGCCGGUCUGGAAGGAGCCAAGGAAGCCCUGAAGGAGGCAGUGAUUCUGCCCAUCAAGUUUCCUCAUCUUUUUACAGGAAAAAGGACCCCUUGGAGAGGAAUCCUGUUAUUCGGGCCACCUGGGACAGGAAAAUCCUAUUUAGCCAAAGCUGUAGCAACAGAAGCAAACAAUUCAACAUUUUUUUCCAUUUCUUCCUCUGACCUUGUUUCUAAGUGGCUAGGUGAAAGCGAAAAACUAGUUAAGAACUUAUUUCAACUUGCCCGAGAGAAUAAGCCUUCCAUUAUCUUCAUUGAUGAAAUCGACUCUCUCUGUGGAUCACGAAGUGAAAAUGAAAGUGAAGCUGCACGGAGAAUUAAGACAGAGUUCUUAGUCCAAAUGCAAGGAGUUGGUGUCGACAAUGAUGGGAUUUUGGUUCUGGGAGCUACAAACAUCCCCUGGGUUCUGGAUUCUGCCAUCAGGCGAAGAUUUGAAAAACGCAUUUAUAUUCCCUUGCCCGAAGCCCAUGCCCGAGCAGCCAUGUUUAAGCUGCACUUGGGCACCACCCAGAACAGCCUCACAGAUGUAGACUUCCAGGCGCUGGGCAAGAAGACGGACGGCUACUCGGGAGCGGACAUCAGCAUCAUCGUAAGGGAUGCGCUCAUGCAGCCUGUCAGGAAAGUCCAGUCAGCCACGCACUUCAAAAAGGUCCGCGGGCCGUCCCGAGCCGACCCCGGCUGCAUCGUAGAAGACCUGCUGACGCCCUGCUCCCCAGGAGACCCUGGAGCCAUUGAAAUGUCAUGGAUGGAUGUCCCUGGCGAUAAACUUUUGGAGCCAGUUGUUUCCAUGGGGGAUAUGCUACGGUCACUGUCAAGCACAAAGCCGACGGUCAAUGAACAGGACUUGUUGAAAUUGAAGAAGUUUACAGAAGAUUUUGGCCAGGAAGGCUGAACCAAAGACAGCAAGGAAGAUGUUCACUAUGCAUAUUCUUUCUUUCAGAUGUUUUUGCCUUUCCAGGAUCCCGAUUCUUUCCAUAAAAACUCUUACCACAGGGAAACAUGCAUCUCACUUCAGAGUUACUUUAAGUUUUAUAUUAUACUUUUCCUCCAUUACCUGUUAAGUGCGCCAGUUAACAAAACUGUAAAACAGUAGUUAUAAGGAUGUGAGCAAUCUGUGAGUGGCAUAAAAAUAGAAAUUACCCAGUAAAAGAGUAUUAAACAUUGAUUGACAUACACGUAUUUCUGAUUUUUAUGAGUACUGGUCUUUACAUCUUUUUUUUUUUAACUAAAUUGAGAUAGGGCUUUUAUUGUAGAAACAUUAAUGUUCCCUAAACAUUCUUAUCAAUGUAAAGUGUAUUACUUACUAAAAGUUAAAAAUGAUAAAAUCUUUACUCAGGGAUGGGCAGUAAGACAGUGAUGGGUGUGGAAGGAUUGUGAAUUGUGUUCAGCCAGUGCUCUUACUGGGGUUUUGUAUGUGUCUUUAAUAGUAUGUUGUUAUUGUUGUUGUUUUUCCCUUCUGUGUAGAUUUAAGAAAUUCCUUUAAACACAGAAGACUUUCAAUGACGCUUUUCACUGUGCAAUCUCAAGAAAGACUUUCUAAAUUAAUCAUCCCUCUACCUUGGAGAAGAAAAUUACAUACUUCAGUGUCUUUUUGUAGCAAAACAGACCAAAACAGGUGGAAAUAAGUAUAAGUUUUUAAAAUAACUGUCAUAUAUAAUACUGUAGUGAGCACCUUUGCUAAUACAUAAAUGAUCCCCCCUUUGGAUUAUGGGAUGUUUUCUGUGUAUGAUGUGGGUAUAUCUGUGUGUGUGUGUAUAUAUGUGUGUACAUAUAUAUAUAAUGUUUUUUAAUGUAGACUAGUGAGGGUCCUGUCUUACUUUUUAAGUUCAGGGAAGUUUGUCCUGGCCACAUUUACAUUAUGAAACUGUAGAAAUGAACUGAUGUGUCAUUCAAUAGUAAACCAUCGUGACGUCAGCGACCAGGUCAGCGCUGGGGAACGUGUUGCUCUCUUCAGCUUCGACACUUAGGUUGUGCCUCCUGCAUCCUCCAUGUGCAGAACAUUGUGUUGGCCAGAACUGUGCCGACCUGGCUUGCAGAUGCCAUCUGGUGACUCGCAGUUUGAAGUAUAUUUGCACAUUUUGCAUAUUACGCUAUAUGGUUGCCUUUGGGUUUUCUGUACAAAUUAUUUUUGUUGAUAUUCAGUGGAAAUCAUAAGCCUGAGAUACACUGUUCUUAUGUGAAAUAAAUUGCUGUAACCUA